AUGUAUAUUGAUAUUUACUUUAUUUUCAGAGUUAACAAUGCCGGUAUUAUGGCAACUCCAUUUGCGACAACUGUAGAUGGUAUUCAAGAUCAGUUUGGCACUAAUCAUAUUGGCCAUUUUGUCUUCACACUCUUGCUGUUGCCAACUAUCAAAGCUUCGGCUCCAUCACGUAUUGUAAAUGUUAGCAGUGAGGCUCAUAAACUUGCACCUUCAGCGGGGAUAGAAUUUGAAAAGUUGAAUGAUCCAAAGGCUCAGACCUCUUUUCAAAGAUACAGUCAAUCAAAAAUCGCAAAUAUUUUAUUUACUCUUGAACUUAAUAAAAGACUUUCAGGAACAAAUGUUUAUUGUAAUUGUCUCCAUCCAGGUGUCAUAAAGACUGAGUUAAUGCGUGGAGUGAUUACUGACUGGGGAUCUUGGAUAAAACCAAUUAUCUCUGUAGUUGGCUUUUUCUUUUUAACACCUGAUGAUGGUGCUUUAACUCAACUUUAUUGUGCUACAAGUCCUGAAAUUGAGGAGAAAAAUCUCCGUGGAAAAUAUUUUGUACCAUUUGGUGAAGUAGGUGAACCUACUACUCAAGCUAAAGACGAAGAAUUGGCAAAAAAAUUAUGGGAUUUUUCUGAAAAUUUCGGUAAACAAACGUUGGGUGAUGACAUUUUUAGCAAGUGUUUUGCAUAA